GGUGCGUUGUUUUGAGUGGUGGUGCGGUCCAGCUGGCGGCCACUAUGAACCCUCGCGCGGUCGGCUGGCUGUGCGUGGCGAUCGCGGUGCAGGCGCUGCUGUACGCCUACUUCACGCGUCGCACCGUGCUUCUGGUUGCCGUGCUCUCAGCUCGGGAGAACUUCGAGAGGCGUGCGGCCGCGCGCGAAACGUGGCUGAGCGGCGCAUCGCGCGUCAAGUCUUUCUUCGUGGUCGGUCGCGAUGGCUGCCGUGUGCCGCCCGAGGACCGCCUCGAUCCGUACGUGUGCCAGCGAUGGGAGCCCAACGUGACAGCCAUCAACGAGAACCUGGACUUCUACGCGACCGCGGCGCAGGCGCGUGACUGCUUUCCUCGCAAGAGACCGCUCUACACGGGAUUCGGCUUCCAAGUGCACCACCCGCUGUCCGUGUCGCGGCUGGGCGUGCUCGGCGACAUCCUGAGCGGCAGCACGGGCGUCACCGUGGCUCUCAUCGACGCGAACACGCGCGAGAUACUGCGCAGAGUGGUGGUCAGCGCCGAGACGGGCGCCGAGCAGAGCGGCUACUACUACCGCAGCGUGGACCGGCUCGUGCUGGCCAGGAACUUCGAAGGGGUGCUCAGCCUGUCUGGCGAGAUCGUGGGCGAGACGUGCUCGGCGCCACUGGCCUGGAACAACGGCUCUGGCCUGGUCACCUUCGAGAGGCUGUACGUGGACCAUGAGGACAGGAACAGCGUAGCGUGGACGGCCGGCGCUGUGUCGGGCGUCGGCGUCCACCUGGUCGUAUCCGACUCGCUACCCAGCCUGCUGGACCACCUGGACGACGCCGAGACGCGCCAGGCCGUCUGGGACCAGUUGGUGGACGAAGAGCAGCGCCGGCUGGACAACGAGGCUCGCAGGUAUCGAGACAUUGCCCUGGUGCCCAUCACCGAUGUGUACCGUAAUUUGCCACGCAAGCUGCUCUAUUUCUUUGACUUCUUGCUGCAACGUUCAAUUGAAUUUGACUUCCUUGUGAAGGCGGAUGAUGACUCCUUGGUCGACUUGGAAGGGCUGCGAAACAGUGUGCCCAAGCAGCAGCCGCAGCAGCAAAACAUUUGGUGGAGUCACUUCAGGCACAAUUGGCCAGUGAUUCGCUAUGGCAAGUGGGCUGAGCACAAGUACAGUGCGCCCAUCUACCCUGCGUUUGCAUGUGGUGCAGCGUAUGUGCUCUCGAGAGACGUCGUCCUCUGGCUGGCCAGGAACAAGGACUACCUGCACUGCUAUCAGGGCGAGGACGUCUCCAUGGGCAUCUGGCUGGCGGCACUCUCACUGCGGCGCAUCCACGAGCCCCGCAACUGGUCAUGCAGCUAUAGCUGCCCAGACGGCAUGCACCGACCCUACAGCAGGGCUCAGCUCUCACCCACCGAACUCAAGACAGUGUGGGCCACUUUCAAAAAGCACAAGAAGCUCUGCUGAUGGCACGAUGCCAUCAAUUUGGGGCCUUUUCUCUAGCCAUUAAUUGCCGAUAAUUAAUGAAAAAUGUUGGUUCCUGACUGCAUCAUCAUGUCCACUCCUCUCCCAGUAAUUUUACCCCGUCCUGUGCAAGCUGGCUUAGUGCAAACUUCGUAAUUCCAUCUUCGGAUUCUUUUCCCUUCGUCUCUCUAGUUCACUGCAUGACCACCAGUCCCAUGACACCCUUACGCUCAACAUCAGCGACCUCUGUUUUUUCUCUGACUAGUGCUACUGCUUUCCGAUCUCUUCAUGUUACACCUGCCGUUGAAGAGGGUCCGCCCUAUGCACGGCUAGUGCAGAAUCCUAGCUAAUGCUCCUGCCGUACACUAUCGUACCGUGCACGAUUAGUGUCCCCUUCUUGUAGUUCGAGUCAUCGCAGCUACAUGGGUUCAAGCGAAUAAGGCAACAGGCUACGCCAACAUAACAAACUUUUAUUGCUAUGUUAGCAAUAAGGCAUAAAUGUUGCGUAGAGGGACUGUCCACCCUACUAAGGUAAUAAAGGGUAGACGCUUACGCUUUUGGUAGCUGAAUUUCUUGGCUCGCAGGAGUAUCUGGGGGUUCUCUGUCUGGUGGCCGGCGCAAGAGACUGCUGUCGGCACGCUCAUUUUUCUCAACCUGCCAGUGUCCCUCUCCCCAACGAGGGUUCGUUCCCUCGCUGAGGAAAAGGAAUAGCCAGCCGUAGGAUGAUCGGUCCCUUCGAAAGAGGGACAGACAUGUCCUUGAAACUAGGCGGCUAUAAGAGGGAAAGGAACCAUGGUUGCUUCCCCAUACCGUAUACUAGGUUAGAGCAGUAAAUAUACACUGAACAUGUACUUUACAUUUUAGGGACAGCAGCCUUAUGCUUUGGUGAAGUUUCUUUUGGCAAUUUAUCUAGGCAUACAUGCUAUUCUCCAGAGGUUGGCUGCCAAUCACACUUUUUCUUUUGCCAGGCUGUUAACCCAUACCUUUGUCUUUAGCAGUCUAAGUCAAUAAUUAUAUUUGUCACUUCCAUUGCUGAAGAGCACUACAUCAUCUGCAAAUCUUAGGUUGUUGAGAUACUGUUAAUUAAUCCCCAUCUUUUCUUUAUUUCUCCACUUAGGCAUGCGGCAAACAGCACUGGUGAGUCUCGGUUUGAUGCCUCUGUCAGUAUCAUUGCACUUGUGUAGAAGUAGAGUAGCUGUUGGUAUUAGCUAGAGUUGCCUCUCUCAUCACGGCUCCCGUCUCAAUAUCUGCUUCGUGGCAGCUAUGCUAAGCAAUUGCUGGAGUGGAAGUCCCCGUAAUACCUUGCCAACAAAAGUGAAGCCAGCUUUUGCCCUCACAUUAGCAGUCUCGGCAACUGCCCGAACUGAUCUUAUCGCACAGUGCAUAUGCAGCCGAGCUGGCCAAAGGUUUCUCUAGAAUGUGCUAGGCAAACGUACAAGCAGUCAAAGGGGUACUGACACAAAAUUUCACAGCCGAGAUAGCCCGCGGAUCGAUUACCAUGAACAUGCAUAUAUCAUCUGUAUAAUAUCAACAAUGAGCAUAGCUUGGAACGUAUUUUGUAGCAAUUUUGAAGCUUUCAUGAGUGAUCAACUUCAUCGCGCUAUUAACACCCUCAAAGGGAACCCUUGGAGACCCCCUACUUCCCUCACGUGACCACGCUGGAGCAAGUUAUGACGACGUCAUAGCUUGCUUUUUCUUUGGUCGUGUUUGCUCCAGAAGACUCUGCAGCUUCUCACGAGUCUGUGACCACGGCGAAAGCUUUGUGUUUAAUGACAUUGCUGUCCCAUUUCCUGUGCGAAAAAAAAAACUUUUUGAGGCAAACUGCGGAGAAGUGCGUAUCAGUUCCAUGUGCAGACAUGGUUGAGCGUUACAUUCGCUAGGUGGGUGAUAGCUGUACUCGGUGGCUCAUUGUUUUUGAAACCGAAACCGACUCUGGUCGUAAUACUGAGCCUGUAAUCAAUUAUCUGUAGGGCACUGCAGAAAACAAUGUGUCAUGCUAUGACUAACUGUAACAGGCCCCCAGAAACACAUUGCAGCAAAAAAAAACGAGAGGCCAAAAUUUUUUAUACGGUACUCCUUUAAACUUCCUCGAACAGAACGGCACAAACCGCCCUUCGAGGUCGAGCAUGACAUACACGCACUUGCUAGCCUUAUGUGUCUAGCAGAAAAUGCAGGGAGCAAUCUAUGCCACAUACUAGGUGCACUUCAGCCAGUGGCCACCAGGCGGUAACUCCGCUCGAUCUCUGGGCAAGAAAUUGCCAAGGAAAGGAUCUAUGAUAAUACUCGAGGUAGUUCUCUACUGUUUGAAGCCAG